AUGAAGAAAACUGUGGAGGUUUUGAGAAAAUUGCAUGGCUCUUAUGAAGCCCUGAAGUACGGAACUGCUCUGGACGGUCUUGCGGAUUUGACUGGAGGUGCUGCGGAAAAUCUGAAAUUGUCACAAGUUGGCUCCUUGAUGAAUGUGUCGAAAAUCGGCAUCAAUGCCGGCGCCGUCGUUCCGGCGACCGCCCAAUUGGUCGCCCACCUUUUGGGCAUGACCAGUGUCGUCACAGCUGUCGUCGAACAGGAUCCGAACGUCGCUAAGGGUCAUCAAGAAACUCUUCCAAACGGAAUCAUUGUUGGCGUCAAUUAUCGUGUUUGCACGGUCCAAAAGGUGGAAAAAUAUGACGGUGACUUCGUUCAACUGGUUCUUCUGGCCCUGCCUUCUGUUCCUGAAGACACGGGCCAGACUCAACAUAUGAACAACAACCUGGACUAUGACAUAUUAUAUGAUGGUUUAUGGUCCAGAGGCUCAACAACAUGGAACGAUGUUCCUACUGAAGAGCAAGAAAGGAUCGGACUCGGUGCUUUGGCGCCUGAGGAAUUCUGGAUGUCUUUACCGGAUUUCGUGAAAACAUUUACACACUUGGAAAUGGUGCAUUUGGAUCACGAGACGAGCAAAGACGAGGAGACUUUGAACGGAUGUCGAGCUUGGCAAAUGCGGUCUCAUCACGCAGUUUGGCAAAAGGGCGUGACAGCUGGCGGAUGUCGUAACAACACUGAAACGUUUCACUUGAAUCCGCAAAUGCUUCUGGGCGUGGCCGAGCGGCAAGAAGUCGUGGUGUCCGUGAGCCAGCACGCCAUCUUGGAACCCAAAGUCGUGGGGUUCUCCUUGUACCGCCUGACCAACUCGAACCAGACGGACGACUCCGUGCCGCAUCAGAAGUACGUGGCGUGUACCAGGGACUACUUCCGGCGCCACAAGUCCUUCUUCAACUCGGAGUACACCAACAGUCGCCAAGUCAGCGCCAGGGUCGUCCUCGAGGCCGGACAUUACGUCAUUUUGCCGACGACUUUCGAGCCCGGCGAAGAGGCGUCUUUCACCCUCAGGGUCUAUUCGGCCAAGUUGUUCAAGCUGAGAGUGCUGGACACUCCGUCUGCUCUAGUCAAGCCCAUCAUUGUGAAGGCACCGGCGAUGAUGAAUGGCGGCACUUUCAGUCAGUAUGAAGCGGUGUUUUUGCAGUUGGCAGAUGAGCACAUGACCGUGAAUGCCUUCGAGCUACAAGAACUGCUGGACGCCUGCUUACCCAACGAUUACGUGAAAAGCUGUGCGAGCCUUGAUGUAUGUCGGCAAGUCGUCAUCGCGCUGGAUCGGGAUGGAAGAGGCAGACUCAAGUUUGCGGAUUUCAAGGACUUUCUGGUCAGCUUGAAAUCGUGGCAGGGCGCGUUCAGAGCUCACACCAAGGAAAAGAUGGGGAUUUUGCGAGCGGAAAGAUUGAAAGAUGCCCUGCAACACGUGGGUUACCAACUGAGCAGAGAGAUUUUGUCGGUGAUCGCCAUGCGGUACACACGAAAAGAUGGAACGCUCCGGUUCGGAGAUUUUGUUUCAGCGGUGCUGAAAUUAUCCAUGGCUUUUGGAUUGUUCGAACGUCGUCAAUUGACUCAACCCAACACCCUGAACAUCAGACAAGAUGAGUGGUUGAAAAUGGUGCUGAUGUGCUAGUUUGAGAAUGAAAGAGUACCGUUUGGAUGGAUGAUUUCCGCUGCUGAUACGUUGGUGUGACUGGAAUUGAGAUUUUGUCAAGCACUGGAAGCAGUUACGUACAUCCAAUUUUGUUUUUUGAGAUGUUUUCACUAUUAUGUAAUGUCAGAUCUUGGAAUAAAAACUGAGUUUUGCUUUUGAAAAAAAA